UCCACUAGUCUCCACCAUCAACACGGAGCUCCUGAUAAGUUCCAAGUUGCAACGACGAACAGUGAUCCGUUAGUUACUAGCCACACGCGCAGACUGCGAUAUUGCAAGUAUUGGAUAUACCAUCUUUGCUGUUAAUCUGUACAAUGUUCAUCAUCUAGUUGUGGCCUGUUGUGAGCUACAUCGUGGCUGCAUGGGAACUUGGGCAAUAACUGAGACUCUUCUGAUUUGUGAAUAAUUCCCUUCACUAUUCUCCGUUUGAUCAAUCACGACUCUUAGCCACCAAUUGUCACAAUCAACAACAUCAACAAUAUCUCAUUUUCUCGUACAUCUUAUCCACAUUCCUUAUUCUUAGAAUACUAAGAAAAUUAAUCGAUAAUUUCCAUAAUCAUUACUUAUGCAUCUUUUUCUAUACUCGAUAACCAAAACUCCUCCAAAUACAUAGUGUUUUAAGGUUGAGUCUUCAAUUCAAGAAAUACACGAACAGCCUUAGCAUACAGUUACACCCUAAUGACCGAGAUGUACAAGCCACAGCCACAGAACCUGCAAAAACAACCUUUCGUACUUGGAGGCAGCGGACCUCAAGCUGGUGGUGGUAGUGGCAGUGGAGGAAGGCGCCACAAUUCUGAAAGCCACGUCAAGCCCAAUCCCCGGCGACCCAAUGGACCUUCAGGACCCCGCCAUGCCGCCAAUCACCCCGCCUUGAAGUAUCUUUUCUUCAGCUUGUCAAGUCUGUGCUUGGUUUUUUUUCUAUUCUUCCUUUUCCCCUGGACACAACCAGAUCGUCAAGGUUGGACAUUCGGCCAAAGUGUUAAGCACGACAUAAAUAUCUACAGAGGAGCACUAUUCCAGUCUCCUUCUACUUUAACUAUCACCACCACCGUUACCCAAUCUCAUAUCCAACCUACCGAAAAACCGGUGCCAACGGAAGAACCCAAGAUGUCGACUACCGAGCAGACUUUCAUUGCCAUCAAGCCUGAUGGUGUCCAGCGUGGCCUCGUUGGUGCCAUCAUCUCUCGCUUCGAGAGCCGUGGCUUCAAGCUUGUUGCCCUCAAGCUGGUCACCCCCGGCAAGGCCCACCUUGAGCAGCACUAUGCUGACCUCAAGGACAAGCCCUUCUUCCCUGGUCUAAUUGAGUACAUGAACAGCGGCCCAAUUGCCGCCAUGGUCUGGGAAGGCCUUGACGCCGUCAAGACUGGCCGAACUCUCCUCGGCGCCACCAACCCCCUUGCCUCUGCCCCCGGCACCAUCCGUGGUGACUUCGCCCUUCAAACCGGCCGCAACGUCUGCCACGGCUCCGACAGCGUCGAGAACGCCAAGAAGGAGAUCGCUCUAUGGUUCAAGGAGGGCGACGUCAUCAGCUGGGAGAACGCCCAGGCAAAGUGGAUCUACGAGUAAAAAAAGUGGUUACGAAGUUCCAUAUGAUGUCGUACUAGCUUGAUCUAGCUUGGACAAUGCUCAAAAUUACGUAGCAUGGUCCAGCAGAUAGUGCAUGUCGCCAUAAAUAAAAGAAACCAUAGAGAGAA